AUGUUCAAUUUGGUGAGAAAGUCCGCCCUAAACACGUUAUCUAAGCGUUUGCCACUUUUGCCAAAGAAACCCCAGUCUCUGCUCAAGGCGUCGCUGGCGGGUCCUCUGGCUAUUGGUGUGGGAGGAGUUCUCUUCGGUUUGUACUUUUUUGAUGCCCGAUCUGCCAUUCACGAGUACCUGGUUUGUCCGGCAAUUAGGCUGACUACAUCAGCCGAAGAUGGCCACAAGUUAGGAAUUCUUUGUCUUAAGUAUGGUCUAUCUCCAAGAUUGUACAAGGAUAUUGAUGAUGAGGUACUGAAAGUUUCCGUUUUUGGAAAAGAGUUAUCCAAUCCUGUCGGUAUUGCCGCCGGUCUGGAUAAAGACGGUGAAGCAAUGGACGGUCUUUACAAUACUGGAUUUAGUUACGUUGAAAUUGGUUCAAUUACUCCUGAACCUCAACCAGGAAAUCCUAAACCCCGUUUUUUCAGAAUUCCCAAAGAUGAAUCAGUCAUAAACAGGUAUGGAUUCAAUUCUUCUGGGCAUUGGAAUGUUUUGGCAAGGCUGCGAAAGAGGUUUGAUUCAUUUGUAAAAGACUACCAGAAAAGUGGCCAACCUCCACCCAAUAAUGCUUUCAGACCUGGUAAGUUAUUGGGAAUCAAUUUGGGUAAGAAUAAAACAGGGGACGAAGUCGAAGAUUAUGUCAAAGGUAUACAACGUUUAGGUCCCUAUGCUGAUGUUUUAGUUAUCAAUGUUUCUUCCCCAAACACCCCUGGUCUAAGAGAUCUUCAGGCUGGAUCGAAACUGACCAGUCUGUUGGAGCGAGUCGUUAGCGAAAGAGAUAAGGUCAAUAGUGCUCUAGACAACAAAUCUAAGGCCCCUGUUUUGGUUAAAAUUGCUCCCGAUCUAACAGAAGAAGAGAUUAAAGACAUUGCAACAUCCGCAAAAAAUGCCCGUAUCGAUGGUAUCGUCGUUUCUAAUACCACAAUUUCUAGACCAACCACUUAUGUUUCUCCUAAUGAUCCCAUCCUGCAAGAAAGUGGAGGUCUGUCUGGUAGACCGCUUAAACCUUUAUCUCUUAAGGCUUUACGGUACUUGAGGAAGUACACUAAGGAUUCCAAUUUGGUACUCGUCGGAUGUGGAGGAAUUGCAAGUGGAAAGGACGCUAUAGACUUUGCUAAGGCAGGUGCUACUUUUGUCGAAUUAUACACUGCAUUUGCCUACAGAGGCCCAAGCUUGCCAUAUAAGAUUAAACAGGAAAUCACCCAAGAACUGAAAAAAGAAGGUAAAACUUGGAUGCAGAUCGUCGGUGAAGACGACCCAUAG